ACAAUUAUUACAAAACAAACAUUAAAAAAUAAAUAAAUAAAUAAAUAAAUAAAUUACUAUAAAAACAAAAGUAAGUCUGUGUUAUGCGAAAAUCGAGUUAAAAUAAAAGUUUAUCAGAUAAGUUAAUUGGAAAAUCAUGUCAACAAAUUAUUAUAUGCUUUUUAAUGCACAAAUAACAACCGUACCAUUGUUAGCACAACCGCAGGCCGUAUUUCUAAUCAUAUUAAUUUUAAUGUGCCGUCAGUACAAUUUCCAUGCCAUCGAAACAGCAGCAGACGUGUUAACGGAUCCCAAAUUUACAUUUCCUAUAGCAAAUGUUACUGCCUCCGUGGGUCGAGAGGCUUUCCUAACAUGUGUUGUACAGGACUUGGGCUCAUAUAAAGUAGCGUGGCUACGGGUUGACACUCAAACCAUUUUGACGAUACAAAAUCAUGUGAUUACUAAAAAUCAACGCAUUGGCAUCACUAACUCGGAGCACAAGACAUGGACGAUGCGUAUUAAGGAUAUAAAGGAAAGCGAUAAAGGCUGGUAUAUGUGUCAAAUUAAUACGGAUCCCAUGAAAAGCCAAAUGGGUUAUUUGGAUGUAGUCGUACCACCGGAUAUACUAGAUUAUCCAACAAGUACGGAUAUGGUGGUACGCGAAGGCAGUAAUGUGACGCUCAAAUGCGCUGCUAACGGUUCACCGGAGCCGACAAUUAUAUGGCGACGUGAAAAUGGAGUUUCCAUUGAAUUGGCCAACACCACUGAAGUUUUGUACGUCGAGGGCACCAACUUGAUAUUGCCACGCGUUAAAAGACAACAUAUGGGCGCUUAUUUGUGUAUAGCCUCUAAUGGCGUUCCACCAUCUGUUAGUAAAAGAAUUACUUUAAUCGUUCAUUUUCCUCCUAUGAUAACCGUGCAAAAUCAAUUGAUUGGCGCAGUGGAGGGUAAAGGCGUUGUAUUAGAAUGUCAAUCAGAAGCCUUUCCGAAGUCAAUUAACUAUUGGACUAGAGAAAAGGGUGAAAUCGUACCACCAGGCGGGAAAUUUAUAGCUAACGUUACAGAAAUGGGCGAAUAUCGUAAUUCGAUGAAAUUGUACAUAAAUCCUCUAUCUAUGACCGAAUUUGGUGCUUAUCGUUGUGUAGCCAAAAAUUCGUUAGGCGAUACAGAUGGAACCAUUAAAUUGUAUAGAAUACCAUCAAAUACUGUCAAUUAUGUAGAAAAUUUUGAUAGCAAUCGUUAUAAAGGCAAAAAACGCAUCAAAUCAUCUGAACUCUAUCAGCAGUCAAAAAUAACCGCUAACUCUGUCGACGGUGAGGAAAACGAAAAUCCUGGCAAACGAAAAGAUUUAAUGAUGUUUAACGAAAUUGAAAAUUUGUAUAAUUCUAAAACUACCACCAUCGGCAUUUAUAAUGCGAGAACUUGUCAAUUGCAACGUUAUUUAGGAUUACUGACGACAGUAUUGCUGUGUUAUAUGAUAAACAGAAGCUAUCAGCUGCAGUGACAA